UCCAUCUCUUUCAUUUUAUUUCUUUACAAACGAUGGAAAAUACACCAAACGACGAUGCGUAGAAAUCGCCACAAUGGACAAGAGCAACACGGUGAAGCUCUUCGUGGGCAACCUGGCUCUGGACACCACCCAGGAGGAGCUGUCGGCCAUCUUUGAGUCGUAUGGCCAGGUGGUCAGCUGCAGCGUUCUCCGACAGUUCGCCUUCGUACACCUACAGGGCGAGGGGGCUGCAGAGCGGGCCAUCAGUGAGCUGAACGGCAGGGAGUUCCGUGGGAGGAACCUGGUGGUGGAGGAGUCCCGGGGCAGACCUCUCCACUCCACCAAGGUGUUUGUGGGCAACCUGUCGGGCAUGUGCACCACUGAGGACCUCCAGGAGCUCUUCCAGACCUUCGGCAAAGUACUGGAGUGCGACAAGGUCAAAGCCAGGCUCUCCUCUUCUGCAGGAUACGCCUUUGUGCACAUGGAGAAUAAGGAGGAGGCUCUACAGGCCAUCGAGGCCCUCCACGGCACCUCCUUCAAGGGACGCCCGCUCUCCGUGGAGCUCUCCAAGGUACAGCCCUCUAAGCAAACCCCCACCGGGAAGAUCCCCUGUGUGAGCUGUGGGAAGCAGGGCCACUAUGCUGGGGAGUGCCCUGCAGGGAAGCCCUCUCUGGAACAGUACCAGAGCCAGGCUGCUGUGUUAGCUGCAGCCGCCGCCGCCGCAGCCGGCCUCCCACUCCAGGUCCAGCAGAGCGUCCACAACUCUGUCUACAACACCUCGACCUUUGACCCCACAUACGCGGCGCUGGCGGGCCACACCACCGGCACGAGGACGGACGGCAACCCCGUCAACCAGGCAGUGUACGGUGCCCUGGCGACGCAGGUCUACGGCGCCAACGUGGCCAAUCAGCUCUAUGGAGUCCAGGCAGCAAAUCAGGCGGCGGCGUUGACGCAGGCGGGCGCCACGCAGGUGUACGCCAGGUCCAUGAACCCCAGCCACGCCGCCCUCUACAGUCAGCUCAGUCAGAUCGCUGCCAGCCCCGCCGCUGCCUACUCCACACCCGUCUACGCGCAUGCCAUGGCCAACCACCACCACCCAGGGGCCGUCUACCUGGCAGCCCCUGGCGUAGAGAUGCCUACGACCGCUGCUGCCAUCAACCAGGCCUACGCCUUGGCACCGGCGCUCUAUGGGGGCGCCCACCAUGCCUACGGUCACAUGGGGAUGGGAGCCAUGAGCGUGUCGGCGGACCCGUCGGCGGCCAUUUUUGAGGCGGCGAGGGUGCAGCACUACUUCGCCCAGGGACAGCAGGUUCUGGCCGAGCAGCAGAAUGCGGCGGCGGCCCAAGCGGCAAAGUCCGGGGAAAGGGACCGGAGUCCCCUGAGGCGCUCGGCGGGGUCCCUGCUGCCCGACCCGGUCAUGAAGCCCUUCAUGUAUCAGAGAGCCCCCAAGCAACGCCGGCCGCUGCUCCCCACCCCCGCUGGGCGAGCUGCAGAGGAGGAAGCGGAGGCUGCGGAGGACCCCAUGACUAGAGAGCAGUACCAACAGUAUGCUGAGUACUACCAACAACAGCACCAACAGUACCAGCAGCUGCAGCAGUUACAGUACUAUGCAGAGUAUUACCAGCAGUACCAACAGUACCAGCAACUCCAGCAGUACCAGCAACUCCAACAGCUCCAGUACGCCUACCCACCUCCCAACCACCACGCCAUGGCCGCCAUCCCUGCCCACGCCAUUGCGGGCCACGCCCACCACCACGGCCAGCCCGGUCACGUCACGGCGCUGGACUCCGCCCUCAGGCCAGUGGUGCCCGCCUCCGCUAUGGUGGCCGUGCCCAGAGUGUAUGAGUCGCCGCUGCCGCCGCCACCGAACCGCAAGGAGGCCGUCCUCCGCCGAGCCCCCGAACUCUCCCUUCACACGCCUGAGCCCCCGUUCCGAUAGUCCACACCUCCCUCGCUCACACCUCCUCUGCCACCCUACCGCACACAACCCGUAUAUACCACCCUCGUACCCUUCCUUUCUCUCAGCGGCUGUGUGUAUCUGUGUGUGGAGGUAUAUAUAUAUCUGUGUGUGUCUCUGGAUGUGUAUCUGUGUGAGAAUUAGUGUUUUGUGUGUGGAGUUGGUUUGGUAUUAGUUUUUACUGUAGUCAAUGGAUAAACACCCAAGCCUCUAAACCCCAACCGUGGUCCUGAUACCACACACACAGUGCAGUGAAAAGGGGGAAAAUUAGCUCUUACCCGCCACAUACCGGUGGCUUUUUUUAGUAGGGAUUUCUAUUGCCUUUUAAAGUGUGAGAAAUGGACUGAGAACCGUCAUACAUUUUCAAUGCCUUCAAGAGUGAUGAUUUACAGUGUAAAGGCCAAAAUAUGAGGGUUCUCGAGGAUUCGUUUUUUUAGCUAAUCUCUCCACUGGUUCAACAGAAAUAUUUCUAGCUUUUAUUUUAACGAUAUGAAUGUAUUGAAACUGCACUGUGGUUUGUUGUGAAGGUCCAGGGUUGGAGGGGUCUGUGUGUCUUGCAUGCGUCGGGACUGUGGUGUGAGCGAGCGAGAGAGAUGUUGGCUUUCUGUUUCAAUGUAAUUCACACUGUCCGGUUCCCUCACUAGUGGAACCCUGGGGGACGCGAGGGCACAGACCACAGCCACACUAUUAUUUUAGAACUACAUUCUACCUACCCAGCCUCAUCCCUCCCCUCACCCCGCCGCAACCAGAACACUGAAAGACACUGCUACAUUUCUGCCCUCUUUUACUCCCAUCUAUACCUUAGCCUGGUUAAACCAGAUUGAAUGCUGUGCUCACCACUGAAACAAUGGAGGAUUCCACAUUGUCAGGUUUCACCAGGCUAUCUAUACCUACCUCUGACGAUGAGAUAGGAUUGAGAUUAGCUGGUUAGAAUAUGAAUUGUCUGCUUUCUAUCCAUCCAGUGUAUAAAUUGGUGUCAGUUGCAGGGUUUGGAUCCAUUCCAUUUGAAAUCAAAUCAGUCGAUUUACUUCCUGAAAUGGAAUGGACCCCAACCCUGGUCAGGAGUUUGGAGAAUGCCACAUUUUAGUGACAAAGAUGAUGUACUAUACUAAUAGUGUCUUGCUGCAUCAGUAUAUUUUGAGGCCUUUUGAAGUAUGUUUUAGUUUUUUUUGUAAGUGGUUGUUGGGUCGACGAGUACAUUCUAACCCCUCAGAUCAUGUAUGUAUGAACUGUUUGGUGGAUUUAUAAGCAAGUCAACGUUUUUGACUUUUUAGCUAGAGAACCAUGAGUUUCGGUGAGCUUGACGUUGUGCCCGAGCGUUGCGUGAAGUGCAUUUAGUGGAGGGAAUAGCUCCUGUUUUUGAAGUGCUUUUUUUCUAAUGGCAGUCUUAAAAAUUUAAAUAAAAUAAAAAAUCUGAGGUGGAGGGUUAACGGGUUAAGAUAACGUGACGUGAUCUUUUUUUUUUUUUUUGUGGUGCGGUGACCUUCGCACCGAUGGUAUGAUGACAGGUGGAGCAGUAUCUUUCAGUCGCCCGCCCCCGACGUGUCCGUGCACCCCCCCCCCGUUGUAAGACGACUCACUACCCCCGUACCCCACUGCCCUUUCGCCUUGUGGUUGUGGUGAUGUAGCUUUUUAUGUUGCAUAUUCUCUCUCCGUCUCUCAUAUAUACCAACGCACACACGGUUGCAUCUCCUGUGAAAUCUCGAUGGUCACAACAACAAAAAUAUUUUUUAUUCUUAUUGCUUGCCUUGUGUCUGACCAUGUUUUUUAUUUAGCCUUUUUUUUUUGUCUUAAAAAAAAUAAUAAACAAUUAAACUGG